CGCGGCGGAGCUCGGGCGGAGGCACGGGCGGCGACGGCGGAGGCGGCGCGGGCUCUUGCUGCAGCCCCAGAGCUGCCCGCCAGCGAGCGGAGCCAGGUCAUAGGGAGCCAGUUUGAACAGAGGAGUGACAUGGUCAGAUCUGUGCAAAAGGGUCUGUCACACACACGGAUGGCCGAACCUCGUUUUAACAACCCCUACUUCUGGCCCCCUCCUCCCACCAUGCCCAGCCAGCUGGACAAUUUGGUAUUGAUCAACAAGAUCAAGGAACAACUGAUGGCAGAGAAGAUUCGGCCCCCACACCUGCCACCCACCUCAGUCUCCUCCCAGCAGCCCCUGUUGGUCCCUCCAUCCCCAGCUGAAAGCAGCCAGUCCAUCAUGUCAUUGCCGAAACUGCAGCAGGUGCCAGGGCUGCACCCGCAGGCUGUGCCCCAGCCCGAUGUGGCCCUGCAUGCCCGGCCCGCCACCAGUACUGUCACAGGUCUGGGGCUGUCCUCCAGGGCCCCCACAGUCAGCACCUCCGAGUCCAGUGCCGGCACAGGGACCAGCACCCCCUCAACACCCACCUCCACCAGCCAGAGCCGCCUCAUAGCCUCCUCCCCUACCCUCAUCUCAGGGAUUACCAGCCCCCCCAUCCUGGACUCCAUCAAGACAAUUCAGGGCCACAGCCUGCUGGGAGCCCCCAAAACAGAGCGGGGCCGCAAGAAGAUCAAGGCAGAAAAUCCCUCUGGACCCCCUGUCCUCGUGGUGCCGUACCCCAUCCUGGCCUCAGGAGAGACUGCCAAAGAGGGGAAGACGUACAGGUGUAAGGUCUGCCCCUUGACCUUCUUCACCAAGUCCGAGAUGCAGAUCCACUCCAAGUCGCACACAGAGGCCAAGCCGCACAAGUGCCCGCACUGCUCCAAGUCCUUUGCCAACGCCUCCUACCUGGCCCAACACCUGCGCAUCCACCUGGGUGUCAAGCCCUAUCACUGCUCCUACUGUGAGAAAUCCUUCCGCCAGCUCUCCCACCUCCAGCAGCACACCAGAAUUCACACUGGAGACAGACCCUACAAGUGCCCACAUCCCGGCUGUGAAAAGGCUUUUACCCAGCUCUCCAACCUCCAGUCUCACCAGCGACAGCACAAUAAAGACAAACCGUACAAGUGUCCGAACUGUUACCGGGCCUACACGGACUCCGCCUCCCUGCAGAUCCACCUCUCCGCCCACGCCAUCAAACACGCCAAGGCCUACUGCUGCAGCAUGUGUGGGCGCGCCUACACCUCGGAGACAUACUUGAUGAAGCACAUGUCCAAACACACUGUGGUGGAGCAUCUGGUCACCCACCAUUCACCCCAAAGGACGGAGUCUCCCGGCAUCCCCGUGCGGAUCUCGCUCAUCUGAAGCCCGGCCCCGCUCCGCGUGCCCCCCCCUCCGGGGCACGGAACCGAGCGGAGCCUCCCCGCCAGCCCCGCUCCGGCCCCUCCCCGCCCGAGGGCCGCCGUCCGCCGCCCCGACCCCCGGGAGUCCCCGCUCUCCUCAGUCCAGUUCCCCGCCGGAGGCCUGGCAGCGCUCCCGGGGCGCGGCCGCCGGGGCCUCGGGACAGUUCGGUGACAUCCAAAGACGAUUUCAGAGCACUUUGAACCUCUCUCUGUUGGGUUGUCUUUAGUUCGCCCCCUCCCCUAUCGGGUUGGUUUUUUCGUUUGUUUUCUUUUCUUUCUACUUCCUUUUAAAAAAUAACAACAGAAAAUAUUUAUUGGCCAAGAAGUUGGUGCUGCUAAAAUGGAAACAUCGAAAGGAGAAUUGGACGGACGGACACGGAGAGCCGCAGGGUGGGGCCCGGGCAGAAAGGGCGCCAGCCGGCCCCGAGGCCCCUGGGAAACCGGGGCACCGCCGGACGCGGCCUCAGGCCCGGGCCUGGGGAAGAGGCGCCGGGGGAGAAGCCGGGGGAGGCGCCGACCCCAGACUGACCUCUCCCCGGGCCGGGCCGGGCCGGCCCCCAGGCCUCCGUGGCUCCCCCCAGAGCGGCUUCCACAGGGAGCAAGCGGCGGAGACUGAGAGAGGCGCCGGCCCCAGCUCUAAGACCAGCCGUCCCCCGCCCUGAGGGGAAGGGCAGAAGGGAGGCCGGGAGCCCCCCUCGGUGGGGAAGCUUGUGAGGUGGAAGUGACCCUGCCCCCUCCCGGCCUCUCCUUGCUCUGACAAUGGUGCUCCCCGGGUUCCCGCCCCCUUGGGCCCUGUGACUCGAGUUGUGAGUGCCCCGUCUACCUCCGGUGCUGGCUAGGAUGAGACUAUUCCUCUACCUCUCCUGACACUCCUGUCUGCUCUGGGACCUGGCCGGGGAGGGAGCGGGGGACGGGCAGAGCCGACCCGGGUGGCCAAGCCCCGGACCCUCCCUGAUCUCCCGGGCAGUCGUCUAGGAAUGCCCCACUCACAUUUCCUCUCCCAGGUUGGGGACCCACCGAGCCCACCUUCCCCAAGGCCGUGUCCAUCCCCCACCCCAGGCUGGGGAGCGGAACCCUACCUGGGAGAGGAUUUUGUGUCUUCCACGCUGGGGUGAGGUCAAGGUAGGCGUAGACAGCCAGGCCAAGUCAGGUCCCCGAAAGCUCACCGAUCACGUGGCCAAUGGCCAUGCUGCAAAAUGGGGAGUGGGCUUUUCCCCUAGCUUCCGGGUCCCCCCACAGGCCCUGAAGAAAUUCAGGCCUCGGGACCCCUCAAGCCCCUCAGACCCAGGAGGCUUUGGCAGGACAGCUGAGAGGGGCCUCAGACUGUUGGGAACUGGGGGAGGGAAGGAUUGGCUCUGGGGGGAGGGGGAGUUUGGGUGGCUCUGGGGCCUUGGACACUUGGUACCUGCCCCAACACAGCCUAAGGCGAGCGAGAGAAGAAUUCUAGGUCACCUCCUCAUACCCAACCUGAUAACGAUGGCACUUAUCACCCUGUGCAAAGGCCCAGGCCAGAGAGCCCCUUCACCCCAUCCCCCAGCCUCCAUCCCUGCAGGGUCCCUCAGGGGUGGAGGGGCACUGAGGAAAGCAGCCGGUCAGAGGCCGGUGGCCAGCCCCAGCACCCCCACCCUGAUCUGAAAGCCAUUCGUGUCUCCCCAUGUAUAUAGGAUCCAUGUACAGAGCCCGGAGGAGCCCCAACAACCCCCUCACCAGAAAGGAAAAAAAAAAAAAAA